AUGGCUGACAUUUCAGACAAGGAAAACGUUGUUGUGUCGAACACGAAGCUUGAAAAGGUGUUUGCCAUGCGAGGAGGCAAUGGUGAAGAUAGCUAUGCCAACAAUUCUCAAGCCCAGGCUAAGCAUGCUCGAUCAAUGCUUCAUCUUCUGAAAAAAACCCUGGAUGGGCUACGGCUAAUGCCCGCCCACGACGGCGCGCCGUUCGUGAUCGCUGACUUGGGGUGUUCCUCCGGCAGCAACGCCCUCUACAUGGCGGACGCUAUCGUCAAACACAUGACGGAGCGCUAUGACGCCUCCUACUACGCGGCGCCGGAGUUCUCCGUCUUCUUCUCCGAUCUCCAGUCCAAUGACUUCAACACUCUCUUCCAGCUCCUCCCACCUCUCGCCGCCAACUACGGACGUGGCGGCGACGUGGAGGGCUUGGACACGGCUCCCAUCCCCCACCACCGCUCCUACUUCGCCGCCGGCGUUCCUGGUUCCUUUCACAAGCGUCUUUUCCCGGCGAGGUCCAUCGACGUUUUCUACUCCACAUUUUGUCUGCAUUGGCUCUCUCAGGUGCCGGAGAGUGUGGUGGACGUGAGAUCACCGGCGUACAACAAGGGAAAGAUAUACAUUCACGGUGGGAGUGAGAGCACGGCAAUUGCAUUUAGGAAGCAAUUCCAGAGCGAUAUGACAGCGUUUCUGAGGGCUAGGAGUGUUGAAAUGAAGAUAGGAGGUUCCAUGUUUUUGGCUUUCAUAGGGAGGACCUCUGAGGACCCUACGGACCAAGGUGGGGCCGGCCUCAUCUUUGGUUCUCAUUAUCAAGAUGCUUGGGAUGAUCUUGUCCAGGAAGGAUUAAUUACCAGUGAGGAAAGGGAUAGCUUCAACAUUCCUGUGUUUGCGUCGAGCGUUCAAGAGUUCAAGGAGUUGGUGGAAGCCGAGGGCUCAUAUCACAUCGACAUGCUCCAAAUCUUCAAAGGAGGAAGCCCUCUAGUGGUUAGCCACCCCGAGGACGCAACCGAGGUGGGUCAAGCCUUGGCCAAUAGUUGUAGGAGCAUCAGUGGUGUCUUGGUUGAUGCUCACAUAGGUGAAGAGCUUAGCAAUGAGCUAUUUUCUAGAGUGGCACGUCGUGGUGCAAGCCAUGCAAAGGAGCUUUACGAGCAACUUCAGUUUUUUCAUAUAGUAGCAUCUCUUUCUCUUGCAUAG